AUGCUCGCACGCCCAGCCCCAACCUAUAUAGCCACACCUGACCGUAACGCCGACCAAGUCGACCUUGAGAUUGUGGAUAUGGGAGUCCAUCCUCCUAGCGACAGGCCGGAAGGGAAAUACUUUUUUGGAGCGGCAUCCUACUUUGAUAAAUUCCAGAGCCCGAUAGUCCCGGUCGUAGUCGGUGAAGCCGAGACUGCUCACACCUUCCUCGCGCACAAGUCAAUUCUUUGCAAAUCCCCCUUCUUCGACUGCGCCCUCAACGGCAGCUUUAAAGAGGCCAGGGAGAACAUGGUCACGCUCCCUGAAGACGACCCCAAGGUCUUCUCGUCCAUCCUUGAGUAUCUGUACAGCGAUGAAUAUUCUCCCCGGAUGAUUACCAGAAUCGGCGCCAGACCCCAGCCACAAGCGUCGUCGUCAGCAUUUGCCAACCUCUUUGGGCACCCUGUGCCAUAUCGCAUUGGCACCGACGGUGUUUUUGAGCCGGGGUCGCCAGUGCGGUCAGCGCCUGCCCCGCGGCAGAUGCAAAACUACACACCAGUGAGAGAGAUUGAGGGCUACGAUGGGACGGAGAACCCUGAGCAGCAGUGUGAGGCGGCGUUGAGGCAUGCGAUGAUCUACUGUAUGGCGGAAAAGUUUGGCAUGAAUAGGCUACAGACGUUGGUGCUGGAGAAGCUAAAGCUGUGUGGACCCGUCAAGGAUGUGUUGUUUGUCAAGGUGGCUGCAUACUUGGUUGAGAAUGCGUCGGAUGUGGAUGGGCAGUUGACGGAGUUUUUGACGCCCUAUAUUCCGGGUAUUCCGAAGCCGCAGCCAGCGGUACCGAUAUCAGUGUUAGAGCAGUAG